ACAUAUAAAGACGACGUUGAAUUUAAAAAAAAAGAAGUAAAAAUCUAUUUGAAAAGGAUCAGGAUUCGUAUCUAAUAUAAGUAUAUAACUGAGCGAGUGCAGACGUCCUUAAUAGCUGAGGGACUAGCGGUAAGGGAAGCGGUUGCCAACGAAAGGAGCUGAAAAAGGUACGGAUCGAAUCGGAUUCACAAACCCUGGUGAAGGCGUUGAACUCGGGAGCUAGUGGAGCUGGCUUAUAUGGCAUAUUUUCAGAUAUUCUCAAGCUUGCUGAAGCCUUUGAGUACGUAUGCUUCGUGUGGAUUCCACGAGAAAGAAAUGUUAAUGGCUGAUUGUUUGGCUAAAACUGCUUUGAAUGUUGUUGUUGUACCGUUGGUGGUUGAAGAAGAUAUUAUUGCCUCCAACUAAAAUUCUGCUUUUUAUUAAUGAAUGUGUUCCAAAAAUAAAAAAAAACUGAGCGAGUGCAGUGAUGAUUAGACCCGAAGUGAUUAGACUUCUUAAAGAACGGAAACACGUCUUGAGUGGUAAUAAUCCAGUAAAAAGCUGAACGAUGCGUCACAUUAUCUCAUAUCUUAAGAAAAAUAUAUUACUCUCUGUAAAUUAGUUACCGACAAAAAGAAAAAAAAAGCUUGAGAGAUAACUUGAGCUCUUCAACAAUGGCGGAUCCACCAUCUUCUCCAAAAUCCAACGCACCUUUCUUCGUCGUAUCUCUUGCUAGCCACAACUCCAAUCCGCUAAUUCCUGAGGCGUUUUUUGCCGCUAAUAAUGAGUUAACGAAUCUGAAGUUGACCUCUGACGCUUGCGACAGAACCUGGCAAGUCAAACUGAACGGCCGGAGAUUUACCGAAGGCUGGGAAGAUUUCUCCAACGCUCACUGUCUUAGAGACGACGACGUUUUGAUUUUCAGAGACGCCGGACAAAUGAUCUUCCACGUCACACCUUCGGGACGAAGUUUCUCUCAGAUUCAUUAUAUAUCUUCUAGCUCUGACAAUAUUGAAGCUGACGAAAUUGAUGACGACACUGAUGAUGGUAGUGAAGAGGACGACGAUGAUAGUGAAGAUGAUGAAGGAGGCUCCAAGUUUGAGGAUGGUUCACAUUCAGUAUCCUCUCAAGCAAGUGAAACCGCUGUAGCUGAUGAAGGAACCAGUCGUCUCACGGUUGAGGGAAAAGAACUGUCUGAGUUUCAGACUAUGUGGAAUUUCAAGAAACAGGAUUUGGCUAUGAAAGAAAAGUUGUCGAAGAUGAAGAUACUUAACCGUCUCAUUGCAAAACAAGGACCUCUAGCUGAUAACGAGGAAGCUCUGAAGAAAAAACUAAUUAUUGAGUUGUUCUUUAAUUAGAUUAAGUCUAAGUCUCGGUUUUUAAAAUUUAAGUGUAGCUGUUGAAGUUGCUUUGUUUGUUGUUUGUUGUGUCGUUAACUCUGGUUAUGUGCUUGUUCUAUUGUCUUAAUAUAUAUGUGCUUGUUCU